CCUAGACCCUGUUACCCAGCCAGCCCGAGGACGGCGCAGGGACCGCGGACUCCAUUUCCCGUCGGCCCGCGGGGAGAGCGCCGGAAGCCCGCCCCGCCCCUCAUUGUGCGGUUCGUACUAAACGGAAGGGGCCGGGAGAGGCCGCGUUCAGUCGGAUUCCGGCAGCGGUAGCAGCGCCUCUCGCCAUUCCUGCUCUCUUGCUCGCUCCUUUUCGCUUCCGGAAACAUGGCUUCUGGCGUGGCCGUCUCAGACGGUGUCAUCAAAGUGUUCAAUGACAUGAAGGUGCGCAAGUCAUCGACACCAGAGGAGGUGAAGAAGCGCAAGAAGGCAGUGCUCUUCUGCCUGAGUGAGGACAAGAAAAACAUCAUCCUGGAGGAGGGCAAGGAAAUCCUGGUAGGUGAUGUGGGCCAGACUGUGGACGACCCCUACGCCACCUUCGUCAAGAUGCUGCCAGACAAGGACUGUCGCUACGCUCUCUACGACGCGACCUACGAGACCAAGGAGAGCAAGAAGGAGGACCUGGUGUUCAUCUUCUGGGCUCCUGAGUGUGCACCCCUUAAGAGCAAAAUGAUCUAUGCCAGCUCCAAGGAUGCCAUCAAGAAGAAGCUGACGGGGAUCAAGCAUGAAUUACAAGCAAACUGCUAUGAGGAGGUCAAGGACCGCUGCACCCUGGCAGAGAAGCUGGGGGGUAGCGCCGUCAUCUCCCUGGAGGGCAAGCCUUUGUGAGCCCCCUCCAGCCCCCUGCUUGGAGCAUCUGGCUGCCCCAGACCCGCCGGGGGGGGGGGUUGCAGGCUGCCCCCCUUUCUGCCAGACCGGAGGGGCAGCAGGGGGAGGGCAGUCCCUUCACCCAGUUGCCAAACAACCCCCCCCCACCCCCGGACCUUCCUCCUUCCUCCAUUCCUGACGGAUCUGGCCCUCCCAAACUGCUUUUGAUCUUUUGAUUCCUCUUGAGUUGACAGACCAAGUUUCCCUUAGAUGCCCUUACUGGAGGAAUCUGUAUUUUUUUUAACGAAACCCCAACUCCCCACCUGCUGCUCCUCUCCCCUAUGCUGCCAACUUCUAACCACAAUAGUGACUCUGUGCUUGUCUGUUUAGUUUUGUGUGUAAAUGGAAUGUUGUGGAGAUGACCCUUCCCCGCGCCGCCUGGUCCCGUCCCCCCCCCCCCCCACAGUUACUCAUGGAGCAGGAUUGGUAAGGGAUCUUCAAUUAAAAAGACACACACACACACAACAAUAAAA